AUGACUACACCUUUAGAAAUCGAGACCAAUGAUUCAUCUGAACCUGGAGUUACAACCACCGGAACAACGAUGUCUCAGCCUGCUGGGUCAUCAAAUAUACAGUACGCAAAGCAAACAGACAAAACUGAAGUGCCCAUUGAUUUUUCCACAUCCGAGUCUGAAAUUGAGGAGUCAACUGGAACAACAUCGAAAAUGUUGACGAAAUCUGUUAGUGUUGGCACUGAAGAUCAUAGAACAGCAGUUAUAUCUACACCUGUAAACGACUUGACGCAUUCUCUAGAAAUCAAGACCAGUGAUGAAAUUGAAAUGGCAGUUACCACUACUCUAAUGCCAAUCUCCCAGCCUGUUGAACAAUCCUCAGAACAAAUAUAUGACACUAAAAGACCCAUGUAUUCCACAAAGUCAAAGACAGACAUUACUCGAUCAGAAACUUUGACUAAGGCAACUUCAAGUCUGAUGCCUGUAACAACACCUGGUGUGCUAUCUGAUUCUGGUUAUCAGUCUGUAAGUGGAUAUACAUCUUAUAGAACAAAAGUGACCCCUACUCAACUCUCUGUCAAAAUAAGUGACAUGGUGACUGCUGAAUUCCCAAAACUGCAAACAAAUACAGAUGAAGACAACAAAAUGACACAUGGUACCGACAUAACACUGAAUGGCCUAACCGCCUCAGUUGUUGAAACAAUGGGUGAGUUUAGUGAAAGCGUAUCAUCGGCGCCUCAGCUGGAUGACCAAAGCAUAUCUCAGGAAUCUUCAACAUCUGAUUCGAUUGUUGAGUUUGAUGACGACGAUGGAUAUUCUUCUAUUGCUAGGUCAACACAGUUUCCAAGCCAUCAAACCGAAAUGACAUCAUCUACCAGCGACAACGAAAUUACAUUUUCUGGUCAUGUUGAAAUAGAAUCUGAAGAUGAUGCCAGAAAUACAUCAGAUAAUUUUAUCUCUAAAAGCAGGAUCAUUACCCGUGCUGGUAAAACCAACGGAUCUGCUUCAUCUUCCAGCAACAAAAGUACCUUAAAAGAGGUACUUACCACCUUACCUGUUCAGUCUUCAAGUGUAGUCAGUGAUGUGACACUGGAAGCAGGAAGUGGGAGGCAGAUUUCAUCCCCGUAUAACGAACACAGUAUCCAAAAGACUGUGGAUCCAAAUGUUGAUCUACCAAGAACAGGAGACACGACCACCAUUGAUGCUUUUGGAGUUUCGGACAAAGAACUAUCGACACUGAAUGAUGAUGAGACAACUAGUGACAUAGGUAGGACAUUUCACACUCGUUCUGCUGGCCCUAGUGUCCUAACGACCUCAACAACCGAAACACAACCUACACCCCUCAGAGACGUGAUGACAACUGCCGCUACGUCCAUAGAUACAGGCAAUAGUACUGAUACUAGAAUAUCAGAAACAUCAGUAACGAAUGCAGAUAGAGCUUCAACAGAGAAGGAAAGCACUGCUACAGAAAUACCCACGUCGGCUUCUUCCUCCAGUGAUUCCGCAAGCAGUGUAGACAGCACACAAAGGUCACCCACGUUUGUGCAGUCUGACAUGUCUGUCAGUUGGACUCCAUCAAAACAGUCUGAUAAGACGCAAGCCAGUUCACCCCCUAGGUCUUCUAGCGCAGAUGUCACCCCAGAUAGCCUGCAAACACACCCGUCAUUAGAUACGUCAGAUGUAACUGAAGAUCCCUUUACAACUCCUAGUGACCAGCUUGAUGGUGGAGUUACAACCAACGAACCUCACGCAAAAAUGACAACUGGGGCAAAGACGGAAUUCUUGACAUCAAAUGCAACAGAGAUCAGUGAUAUCGUUUCCGCUGUGGCUGUGACAACACCAGGUGAUACGACAGAGAGUAUCAGUGAUACAACCACGACGGUAGUUACAACACUACCAGUAGAUUACACACAUGUCAUGGAUACCAGUGAUGUUACGUCCGUAACAUCAGCUACAUCAUCAUUAGUAGUUGAAACAAAUGCCACAGAUACCAGUGAUGUAACGUAUAUGACAUCAGCUACAACAGCACCAAUAAAUGAAACGAAUGUCAUGGAUAUCAGUGAUACUACACCCGUGGCAUCAGCUACGACAUCGCCAGUAGAUGAAACAAAUGCCACAGAUACCAGUGAUGCUGCAUCCGGAAUAUCAGCUACAACAUCGCCAGUAGAUGAAACAAAUGCCACAGAUACCAGUGAUGCUGCGUCCAGGAUAUCAGCUACAACAUCGCCAGUAGAUGAAACAAAUGCCACAGAUAUCAGUGAUGCUACGUCGGGGACAUCAGCUACAACAUCGCCAGUAGAUGAAACAAAUGUCACAGAUAGCGGUGAUGCUACGUCCGGGACAUCAGCUACAACAUCGCCAGUAGAUGAAACAAAUGCCACAGAUAGCGGUGAUGCUACGUCCGGGACAUCAGCUACAACAUCGCCAGUAGAUGAAACAAAUGUCACAGAUAGCGGUGAUGCUACGUCCGGGACAUCAGCUACAACAUCGCUAGUAGGUGAAACAAAUGCCACAGAUAUCAGUGAUACUACAUCUGGGACAUCAGCUACAACAUCACCAAUAGAUGAAACAAAUGCCACAGAUAUCAGUGAUACUACAUCUGGGACAUCAGCUACAACAUCACCAAUAGAUGAAACAAAUGCCACAGAUAUCAGUGAUACUACAUCUGGGACAUCAGCUACAACAUCGCCAGUAGAUAAAACAAAUGCCACAGAUAGCGGUGAUGCUACGUCCGGGACAUCAGCUACAACAUCGCCAGUAGAUGAAACAAAUGCCACAGAUAGCGGUGAUGCUACGUCCGGGACAUCAGCUACAACAUCGCCAGUAGAUGAAACAAAUGCCACAGAUAUCAGUGAUGCUACGUCCGGGACAUCAGCAACAACAUCGCCAGUAGAUGAAACAAAUGCAACAGAUACUAGUGAUGUUACAUCCGGGACAUCAGCAACAACAUCGCCAGUAGAUGAAACGAAUGCAACAGAUAUCAGUGAUGCUACGUUCGGGACAUCAGCUACAACAUCGCCAGUAGGUGAAACAAAUGCCACAGAUAUCAGUGAUGCUACGUCCGGGACAUUAGCUACAACAUCGCCAGCAGAUGAAACGAAUGCCACAGAUAUCAGUGAUGCUACGUCCGGGAUAUCAGCAACAACAUCACCAGUAGAUGAAACGAAUGCCACAGAUACCAGUGAUGUUUCAUCCGUGACACCAGCUACAGCAUCAUUAGUAGAUGAAACACGUACCAGUGAUCUUUUAUCCGCGACACCAGAUGUAACUGAGGAUGAUGAUAUUACAUCAUCAAACUAUGGAACACGUAGUGGCUAUUAUACAUCCGUGAGUGUAUCCAUGACAGCCAAGUUAGGAACAUCAGAUGUGACUAGUAGCGGCGAUGGUGCACUCAGUACUCUAGAAACCACACCACAGUUCGGGUUGUCAGAUGCAACUGACGCAAUGCCUGGCAGUAGUACAACCCAGGAUACAACAGAAGUGAAAACACCAGGCAUCACUGAUGUUUGGACUACGUCAUCCGAAAAUCAAACUGGUAGUGGGGAUGACACAUCUUUGACACCGGCAACCACAAUACUUGCAUCUGCUGUCAGUGAUAAUGAGACAGACUCUGUCACUGUUGACGAAACAACUGUACCAGCAUUUGGAAGUUGGAGUGGGGAUACAACAUCAAAUGAAACGAUAGAAACAAAACCAUCGCCUGCCACUACGAAAUAUCCCUGGACAUCAGAUGCAGUGGCUGGUUCUGGCUCUGUGUCUGGAAGCGGUACAAUAACACAGCCUGUACCAAGUUCAUCACUAGAUCAGAGUGGUAGCUCAUCUGGAGAAGAGGCGGCAGGAACUGUCUGGUCAACAUAUUCGCCAAGGAUAUCUUUUUCUGGUGACAUGUCAUCUGGCGUGACAGCUUCUGGGGAUUCUGGCAUUGUAUCAAGCAUACAAGACACAUCUUCAGGAUCUGGAGACCAUACAUUCACUGUGAAAUCAGACUUGACCCCUGAAACAGGCAUCACUUCAGAAGAAUACCCUGCCUCCAGCAAGAGUUCUUCAACAGUUAGUGGCGACAGUGUUAUGACAACGUCUCAAGGAAACACAGUCAUAACAGACUGGGGAUCAGGGCUGACCAAAGAAUACACUUCGGGUUCUGGGCAAUCAGCCAGCAUUGCAUUUCAAUAUUCCAGCCCAACACUUCUCCCAGCUACACACACUGUGGACUGGGGUGCCACAUCGCAUGAAUAUUCGUUUUCUGGAUUAGGUGACAAUGGUACUACUCCGGGGAUGACUGGCAGUGGUGAUGCUUCACCCACAGACUCAGACCUUCAAACAAAUGACACGUCUUUUGGUGAUAUUGGAAGUGGUGACAUUAUAACUCCAUCUACAUUCCAGGCAGAAUCUGACAUGUCAACAUUCACCGAAACCUUAAAAUCUGGUUCUUCGACUAAAGUACCACCGUCGUUUUCAACUCCGUCUGUGCGAACUCUGGAUCCUCAAAAGAGAACAAAGGAGUGGGAAAGGAAGACAGUUCCAUCGUCAGACCAGACGCCACCAGUGAGUGAAAUCAGUACUACUUUAGAGUCGGCCAUGUCGUGGCUCUUUGACAGCAUGUCCACCAUUUCUCCAGACCAUGUAACAAGUGAUUCGCAUACAGAUACAGAUGAUCCUUCAUCAUCCUGGUUUGGAACAACUCUUUCCACACUGUUCUCCACGGACGAUUCCAGCGAUUCGUAUUACACCGAUCAGGUAUCAGAUGGUAUGGAUGCUUCCACCACACCUACCACAGAACAAUCUUCGGACAUUUUCGAUUCCACUACGACUGAUUCAGAUACCGAUACUGUUUCUGUUACAAGCCCGCAGGUUGAAAGCCAGACUGGGUACUCCACUCCGGAAACGACGGUGACGAGUCUGAAACCACCUCUCAUCGCCACCAUCACGAUGAAAAGGACGCAGAAUACGAAAAAUCUGGAGUAUUAUUAUUCGCGCUACAAGAGUUACACCUCGGCAGCUGGAAUCCAGACCACGGCAGUGUAUCCCACCAGACGGUACACGAAGCCGAUUAUAGGAAGGAUCACCAGCCGAGUCACAGUGCGCAAGACCACGUCAUACAGAGACAACACACUGGUCGUGACUCCCAAGGGCGGGUCUCGACAAAACAGCAGCAACGCACCCACUGUGACCAUCACCGUGUACAGAGCUGUGAAAAAUGUCUACAACAUCAGCAGAACCGUCGUCCAGCAGACCUACUACAAGUCCAGACAGCUGUUGAGGGCCACUUUGACGAAAUUGGCCAACUUGUGGCGAAGGUGUGUCAAGGGCGCGGUUAACGUGGUGUAUGUGCCAUACAAAAGUGGGAUGCAGAAGUUCCGAGCAAAGAUGAGUAUUGUGUACAAAAAUAUACGGAAAGCGUAUGACUAUGGACGAAAGGUUUUGGGUCAUUAUUAUAAAUAUGUCAAGUCAAAAGUUUUAAGUUACUACACAUACCUGACAAACUAUUACAGACAUUACUAUAACUAUUACUACAACUAUGUCAAGGAGAUCAUCCGCGUCCGUUUCUGUCGUCUGUCAAAUUCGAUUGCAUUACGGACGGACGCAAAUGUGUAG